UCUCUCUCUCUCUCUCUCUCUCUCUCUCUCUCUCUCACUAAUAUUGGCCCUGUAGAUGAGACAUCCUGAGGGGGAAAAAAAAAGUGGGGAGAGAAAAAGAUAUGUACCUUAGGGAAGAAGCUCAGAGAGAGGGAGGGAUAGAGACGACGGGUAGGAGCGUGUGUGAGUGCGUGAGACAUUUACUCCUCUAACUACUGGAAGACCAACACACUUUCCUCUUCUGACUUUUCUUUUUUUUUUUUUUUUUUUUUUAAAUAAGAUAAAUUAACAGAAAAUAAAUCCAGUGGAUUUUUUUUUUUCUUCCCCCCAUUCCUCAUUUUAUUUCAAAAUUUCUAACCAGAUCUACAGGGGACUUCGUAUUCCGUCCCCUCGCUGGAAAUCCUAUGUUCUGAUCAAUAGACAUUUCCGUCCACACAAGAAGACAUACCUCAUGGAUUUGUACCUUGUUGGAUAUCUACAUCUUCUGUGCAUGUGGUUGUCCAGCUCUCGGGUGCUCGGAGGCUAUCCCAUCUGGUGGUCCCUAGCUCUGGGGCAACAGUACUCAUCUCUGGGCUCUCAGCCCAUCCUGUGCGGCUCCAUCCCUGGUCUAGUGCCCAAGCAGUUGCGCUUCUGCCGCAACUACAUCGAGAUCAUGCCCAGCGUUGCUGAAGGGGUGAAACUGGGCAUCCAGGAGUGCCAGCACCAGUUCCGCGGUCGCAGAUGGAACUGCACCACCAUAAAGGACAACCUAGCCAUCUUCGGCCCUGUGCUUGACAAAGCCACUAGAGAGUCUGCCUUUGUCCAUGCAAUUGCCUCUGCUGGUGUGGCAUUUGCAGUGACUCGCUCCUGCGCGGAAGGAACCUCCACCAUGUGCGGCUGUGAUUCCCACCAUAAAGGACCACCAGGUGAGGGCUGGAAGUGGGGUGGCUGUAGCGAGGACGCCGAAUUCGGGGUUCUCGUAUCGCGAGAGUUUGCUGACGCCAGGGAAAACCGGCCAGACGCCCGUUCCGCCAUGAACCGGCACAACAAUGAAGCUGGACGAAUGACCAUCCUGGAGAACAUGCACCUGCGCUGUAAGUGCCAUGGCUUGUCAGGGAGCUGUGAAGUGAAGACCUGCUGGUGGGCGCAGCCCGACUUCCGCUUGCUGGGCGACUACCUGAAGGACAAGUACGACAGCGCGUCUGAGAUGGUAGUGGAAAAACACCGCGAGUCCCGGGGCUGGGUGGAGACACUGCGAGCCAAGUACGCCUUCUUCAAGCACCCCACCGAGAGAGACCUAGUCUACUACGAGGGCUCGCCCAACUUCUGCGAGCCGAACCCGGAGACUGGCUCGUUCGGCACACGCGACCGCGCCUGCAACGUGUCGUCUCACGGCAUCGAGGGCUGCGAUCUUCUCUGCUGCGGCCGCGGCCACAACACGCGGACUGAAAAGCGCAAAGAGAAGUGCCACUGUAUCUUCCACUGGUGCUGCUACGUCAGCUGCCAGGAGUGCGUACGAGUCUACGACGUACACACGUGCAAAUGAGGAGCAGCGAAAAGUGCAGGGGUGGCAAGGAACGAACUAAAGACUGCAAGAGAUAGGACUGAGUAGCCUAUGCGUGUACACACACACACACACACACACACACACACACACACACUUACUCACAAGAUUGUAUUGAAUACAGAACACACACCAUGGGUAGUGGCACUUUGGUACCUGAACUUUUAAUAUCCUUUAAUAACAGUCGAGCCUCUUUUCUGGGAGAAUUAGCUACCAUGUGAUUACCACUAUCAUUCCUGAUGCAUUCCUUUUUUUUUAAUUUUUUUAUUUUAUUUUAUUUAUUUCAGCUGUGGUGUGUGAAAAGAGUGUAGCACAUUAUUACCUGAACCCUCAAUGUCUUCUGGUGUCACUCUACCCGUCACUCUAGCUCUCUGAUCGUCUCUCCUCAAGGCCUGGUGGCUGAAACCGUAUCUGCCCAACACAUUCUCACACUACGCAGACAUGAACAGAGCUGGAGGGGGCUGGUGAGAGAAGAAAGGGGUGAAGGAGGGAGCGCGCUUACUUAACUACUGAUCAUUCGAAGCCUGAAGUGCAUCUGACGGCUGGGGUUUUUAAUCCCGAAUAGACUACUGAUACUGACGUAAUCCUCAUGCUUUCCCUAAUGUCUUCCCUGACCCUGCACAGGUGCACCAGUUAAAGGAGCACUCCAGCGUUUUUCAACACAAUGACCAUCUGUGACGUACGUGUAAUUACCACAUACGAGAAUUUCAAGACAUUUCUCUUCACACAGAAAAGUACAGAAAACUUACCAAACAGAAGUCUUGGGGCAGUUGUUGAAUUCCGUCAGUCAAUGACUACGUUUACAUGGACAGCAGUAAUCUAAUUAUUGACAGUAUUCUGUAUUAAGGUGUUUACAUGAGUCGCUUUUAGAAUACUCCUUUCAUGUUCCUGUUUUACGUUAGAGAACAUAGAUCGAUUAACGGUACACGUCAUUACGUCACCCCGUCCCUCCAGAAUUUCACGCAUCGACGUACAGUUGGUCUUCGUUAUGGGACCGUAUACAGUUUUGGGUGUUUUUAUUUUUAAUUUUACGAACGCUUCGAGUGCGGUUAAUUAUUAGUCGUGCUGUACGUGCAAACAGACGACUGAUUGAAGACGUGGGCCGCGUCCCAAACCGUGUACUUACCUACUAUAUAGCAGCUGAAAUAUGUGUAUUCGCCUUCUACACAGCAGGUGAGUACGCGGUUUGGGAUGCAGCCGUGCUCUCUUUUUUGGCGUCAAGCGGUCGAGCGCUGCCGUGUAUGAACGUGUCCUGUCGCACAAUGCGGUGGAAACUCUCACACGACGUUAACAGUGUGAUUAAGGUGUGUACACGUCUGUAACGCACGUCCAUAACGCGACUAAAACAGGAACACUCCACACGUCUUAAUUCCAUCCGUGUUUACUCCGAGUGUGACUUUAAUCGGAUUAAGGUCGUCAAUAAUCUCUGUUUACAUGCUAGUUUCUUAAUCAGAGUAUCGUCUCAAUCGGGUUCAUAUCGGAGUAUCGUUGUCCAUGUAAAUGUUUAAAAUACGCGACUAAAUAAUGCGAAACAGUAAAAACGGGAUUAUACACUGGAUUCCCUCGACAAAUUUUAUGAAAAUUUCUCACAAUGGAAGUCUAUGGACAGUUGUUGAAUUCUGUCGAAAAACGUUUUAAAAUUCACAACUAAAUAAAUGCUUUCAAAUAGCUGACUAAAUAAUGCGACGUUACACCUGCUACGCUAAAUUGGAUAAAAAAAAAUAAAAAAAACUCACUUUUAUUGGAAGUCAUUGAUUUCUGCCAAUUUAAAUAAAAUAAUAAAAAUACUAAAUAAGGCAAAAUGUUGAGUUACACCACAUUUCAUUUACACGUUUUAUAAAACUCACUUAUAAAAGAAGUCAACGGACAGUCAACGAAUUCCGUCCAUAAUGCUUUCAAAAUCGACAACUAAAUAAGGCGAAAUUAGAAGUUAUACUAGCUUCCAAUGACCAGAAACUCUCUUAUAAUGGAAGUCGAAGGGCAGUCGUUGAAUUAUGUCAAAAUUCAUGACUAAAUAAUGCAAAAAUUUACUGUUACACUGGAGUCUAAGGGCAGUUGUCGAAUCGCGUCGAUAAAAUUUUGAAAUACACAAGUAAAUAACACAAAAUGAUGAGUUGCGCUAGAUUCAUCCUGCAGUGAAAAUUAAAAAGCUUGUUUAAUUUACUUAAUUCGUGAUUGAAUCGAGAUACAUUAACCUUUUUUUUUUUUUUUUCAUACAUCCAACAUGAUUUGAUCAGGUAUGUUCAAUGGCCUGAUUAAAAUCCAACUCCACGCCCUCACAUGAGCUGAGGAUCGAACCCAGGUUGCUGGCAUUCUGCAACCGCGACGUUACCGUGGUGAUAUCCCAUCGCACACGUUUUAACGAAGUUAAUUCAAAUACUAUAGUUACAGUACACGUCAGUUCCGACAUCCCCGAAAGAUUUCAUAUUUUUUAUGUUAAUAUUUUAUGCGAAUACUACGUGAACUGAUCACGCUCACUUUACACAAUUCAAUCUAAUUAGCUAGAAAAGUUGUUGAAAUUUAGUUUAGCAUGCGCCAUGAAAUCGCAUUUUGAUGAGAAACGUGAUCUUUUUCCUUAAAUCUAAUCUAAUCUAAUAGAACUCUAAGGGCGGUCGUUGAAUCUUGUCAAUAAAAGUUUAAAAUACACGAAUAAAUUACGUAACAGAUAACGUGUUAAACCGGGUUUCAUUACAAGAAUCUGUUUUACAAAUCUAAGAGCAGUUGUCGGUGUAUGAAUUUAUUUUUCCAAAAUAUUUUUUCUGCGAUUUGUAAAUAAAACGCGUAAAAUCUAUAGAGUUUGUCUUUUCGGAGACAUUUUUAAAUAGAAGAAUAUACGGUUAUGAUGAAAAAAAGUUACCCGUGUGGUCCUAAUGGAGCAUGAACCACAAAACAAGCGGAUUUGUUUCUGUAUAGUUCCAGUGUUGGACAAAACUUUAUAAGAACAGCUUUCUCUCAUCUCGUCUGUCUCGUCUAAACACUAACCGGAGAAAAUUUGAAUUGGCAUUGAUUACGAUCAGGUUUAUCAACAGAAAUUCCCUUUAGACUUCCAUUAUAAACGAGUUCAGGGUUCACAGACUUUCAGCUCAUUUCUCAGACAACUGAACUUCCUGUGUGUGGCGAUCUUACAUGGCGUAAAGAUGUGAUGUAUGGAGAUUAGGUCGAAAAACACGGGAGUAUUCCUUUAAGUAGUCACUGAUCUCACACACUGAUCGACAUGUACAGAAAAAUAAAUGCCUAGACAUUGCCUACUGAAUAUGUCCAGAAUUAUAGGAGGGGGGGAAAGAAACGUUGAUGAAAAUAAUGCUGAAAUGACUCAAAUGGUACAAUGUUAGCCAUGAGAUCAACUCUUAUGUGAUGCGUUAUAUAUAUAUAUAUAUAUAUAUAUAUAUAUAUAU